AUGGCAGACGCACGAAGUUUGUCUAAUGUUUCACUGACGGCAAAUUCCACCAGCACAUCUAAUCUUGUUGACCAAACUUACAAAGUUUACAAAAGAAGAUGGUUUAUUUUAAUUGUAAUUUGUUUGCUCAACAUUUCAAAUGCAAUGGUCUGGAUUACCUUCUCACCAAUAGCUGAUGUAACAGCAGAGAAGUUUAAAGUCGAUGCCUUUAAAGUGAAUGUGUUGUCAUUAGUCUUUCUAAUUUGUUCAGUUCCAUUUGGAUUUUGUGCCUCAUGGGUUUUGGACACCUUUGGCUUAAGAGCAAGUAUCUUAUUAUCAGCCUGGCUGAAUGGUAUUGGUGCAUUAUUACGUAAUGUUAGUGUCUUUGAUGGUAUUGAUGACUCAGCAAGAUAUCCGAUAUUGUUAUUGGGACAGACGCUAGCAGCGUGUGCACAACCUUUUGUUAUGUUUGCUCCUACCAAACUUGCAGCUUUAUGGUUCGCUGGUAAUCAGAGAGCUACAGCUAAUAUGCUUGCUUCUAUGGCUAACCCACUUGGAAUCUUAUCAGCAAAUGUUAUAGUUCCAGCCAUGGUAACUAGUUGUGAUGGACACGACAUUCCUUCAGCUUUAUGGGUUAUGACAGGGAUCAGUUUGACUGGAACCAUGAUGGCCACAUUUGGUGUAUGUAGUUCUACUCCUCCCACACCACCUACAGCGAGUGCUGAGGAAGACUCAGAAAAAUUCAUUGAUGGUCUGAAAAAAAUAUUAAAGAACAAGAAUUACUGGGUGUUAAAUAUAACAUUUGGUGCAGGAUUAGCCAUUUUCACUUCCUUUACAACCUUUUUAGACCAGAUAUUAUGUCCCAAAGGCUAUUCAAAUUCAUUUGCAGGAUUAUGUGGUGCUUUGAUGAUAGCAGGAGGUGUGUUAGGAGCUAUAGUGUCAGGAAUAUAUGUAGAUAAAUCAAAGAAAUUUGCUGAAGUUAUAAAAUUUUCAUAUGCAUGUGCAGUUAUGGCAGGACUAGCAUUUACUCAGGUAGCCAGACUAAGAAAUCAAAGUGUACUGGCAGCUACUUUUAUAACAUUAUUUGGUGUAUUUGGUUUUGCUAUGUAUCCUAUAUCUAUGGAAAUGUCAGUAGAAGUUACCUACCCUGUUGCAGAGGCAACAAGUUCAGGGUUACUUAUAGUGUCAGGUCAGAUACAAGGUAUCAUAAUCAUAUUAGUGUUACAGUUUUUAGCACAGCCUUUAUCACCUGAAGAUUUAGCUAUAGGAACUGGCUGUUCAGGAGGUUGUUCAGGUAACAGUACUUCACAGUUCACACCUCAGGAAUGGACAGUGCCAAACCUGGUUGCCAAUGGUUAUGCUGUGAUUGCUGUGUGUUUAGUAUUAUUGUUACUGAAACCAGAUUAUAAAAGACUGAAAGCAGAAAAGAAAAUUUUAGCAGAAAGAAUAUUGAACAUUUCUCACAAUCUACGAUCAUAGUAAUAUAGGUAUUAAUUUAAUGAAAUCCAUGUCACACAAUCAUGACUUGCCUAGAAUAGUUCCUUUUGUUUAAAUAUUCAAACAUGCUCAGAAGCAAAGUAAAAGAAUCCAUUUUUUUUGAAAGUAUAACAUGAUGACACUAAUGAAAAAAUCUGAGCAAUCUUUCAAAUUACUAUGAAAGGAUCUGUUGGAAACUUUUUGGGCAUCUUGUAGAGCUAGAAAAAAUAUUUGAUUAUUAUAUCAUUAUUGGCAAUAAGCUAGAAUGUGUCAAAAUUUAUAUUCUAGUUUUUACAUGGUUUAUUAUCUGUGAUGAAAAUAAUUUGUUAACAAGUUAUUGGAUUUGUUUAUUUAUUUUUUUAAAUAUAUUUUUCUAAAUAUAAUGUUGAUGUUAGAGUAAGAGAACCAUAUGAAUGACAAGACAAUGUAUAGUUGAAAUUAAAGCAGAGCAAUAUAAACAAAACAUUCUUAAGAAAUUAACUUCUAGUCCUACAUGGAUAGAAUAAAAGUGGAGUUUUGUAUACACAUUUUUUUAUGAGUAUUAUUGAUGUAUAUAUGAUUAUUUAUACUUAUUUAUUAACAAAUUAUACAAGCUUCUGUUAAAGACAUUUUGUGAAAUGGUUUUCAUAUUGAAAUCUGGUUAUUGAGAAUUAAUGAAAGGUUGACAUACAUGUAGUAUGACAUUUUACCAUGGUCAUUUUAUGAGCAAUCUAUAAACAAAUGUUGAAAUGUUUAAAUAUUUUUAUUGUUUCAAAAUUUGUAAUUUAUUGCUUUCUUUAUUUCUUCCAAUCAAGCAACAAACAGAUCAUCAAUUGUUUAAUACUUUUAGUAAAUGUAUGAAUAUUUGUAGAACAAAGGAUUUUUAAAUAUUCAGUGAAACAGUGAUUUAUUUUACUAACGAAAUUCUUGUAGGUAGUGCCCAUAUAAAGUCAGGAAAACAAAUCGUAGUUUCUUAAAAUAAUAUUUUCUGUUUUUUUCUGUAUUUUCCACUAAUUUUGGAUUUGAAUAAGAAUAGAUGUGGGGUAUAUGUCAGUGAGACAGCAACCCAAGGACAUGGAACAAACCCACAAAACACUAGUAGAGGCCAACAUAUAAUCACCUGUCUUUACAUCUAUAUCCGCCCCAGCUACAAGUCGUGAACAUUGAAAAGCAAUUAUCAAAGAUCUGCCUUCAUCAUUGGAAUUGUGAUUAUACUGGAGUUCAGCACAUUUCUUAUAUUCUUAUCACACUUAUUGAUUGUUGAUGACAUAAACCGUUGAUUAAAUGAAUAAGGUUUGUUGAGGCACAUUCAACUUGUAUAUCAGACUUUUACAUUCUUUUAGUCUUGGACCAUUUGAUAUCAGGUUUCUUUCUCAUCUUUUAUUGUUAUAACAUGAAAACGAUAGAGGUCAUGUGACUUACAUUUGCAUCAUUAUCCAUGUAUUAUGAAUGUUUAAUUUUCUUUUAUGCUAGUUGUAUUAUAUGUCUCUGUUGUUACUUACUUUGACAGCCAUUGAAUGAUUUUUAGCUUGCAAUCAGGGAUUAAUUUGUAAAAUAUAAUCAAAACUUGUUCAGCUUUUUAUAUAAUUGUAUUAAUUUUUAUAUUUUAUAGAAAAUUUCUCACCCAGUCACUAAUCAUUGCAGACACAUUCUUGACAACAAGUAUAGGCAGAAGUAGACAUUAGUUAUCAAAUGCAAAACAAUCAUUUCUUCACUAUUUAUUCAGAUGUAAUGUUUUACUACUCUAAAGGGAUUCUUACAAUAAAUGUAUUAUCAUAACAGGAUCUGUAACAUGAUAGGUUAUUUGUUAUUUAUUCCAUUUUCAUAACAUUUCCUCUGUCAGAUUAAGUUUUAUUGUUUGCUUAGAUUUAGGAAUAAUUUUAAUGUACUUUUUUCUAAAGUUUCUAUUGUGACCUGUAGUUUUAAUGUAUCUACACUAAUGUAUAUGAUAUUUAUAAUUAUAAUUGAUACAUGUGGUGAUAAACAGACAAAUAAAUUACGAGGUUGUUUAUGGUGGUUUAAACUUUAUGAAGAGUUGUUGAAUCCAUCCAAACCAUCAUUAUGUACCACCUUCGAUAGUAUGGUGGCAUUAUUUAUUCAGGAUUAUGCAUUGGUUUAUCAGUAUGUCCCAACAUCCUUUCCACAUGGUGUAAGGUAGUUAUCCAUUGAGUUGUGGUCACAUCAACUUGAAACUUUAAAAUACAUAUUUCAUUAUGGUGUGAACCUUUUGAAAUAUAUAAUAUAUAUUAUAUGUAAGGGUUUGCACACAUUUUACUGUUCACUGAACAUGGAAAUGUGAUAGUGCAAGUGAGACAGGUGUCCUAUGGACAGGAAAUGUGAUAGUGCAAGUGAGACAGGUGUUCUAUGGACACAUAUUCUUGUUUUCAUUACAUGUACUAAUUAAAGCUACCCAUUCUAUAUUUUUGACAUUUGAUGAUAAACCCAGUUUAGUGAAUACAAUUAUAUGAAAAGCAUGUAUAUCAUUUGUUGUCCAACAUUAAACAGAAUAAGAGAUGGUUUAUUUAAAUACAAAUUGAAUGAAAAUAUAUUUAAAGCAAGUAGAGAAAAGUGAGGUCUUUUUAAAUAUACAUAGGCUUCAAUUAAUUUUGUGGUUCUUUCAUAUUAUUGUCUUCAUUGGAUAUAUAUGUUAUAACUGCACCAUGCAUUUCUGUUUGACUUUUGAUUCCAAUGUUCUUAGUAUCUGAUUAAUAAAAAGGAUAACAGUUGUUACCUGCAAUAUUAGACAGCACACAACAAAAAGGAACAUGUUCCAAAUAACUUUACAGGGACAAAAUGUGAAGAUAUAUCUGUUUUACUUGCAUACAAACCAACCCUUCUACCAAUCUAGAUCAUAUAUGCUAUGAUAAAAACCUGCAUAGUCUAGCUACUAGCAGAAUAACCACUAUCACUUAAAACAUUGUUUAAUCUUAAUCAAUAAUUAUAAUUAAAAUGUGCAUUUUAUUUAGGCUUUUAUUAAUUGUUCAUCUUUUACACCUAUCUUUUUUAUCUGUUUAAAAAGUUGAUUUUAUUAGUGUUUUUUAAAGAAAUAAAGAUACAAAGAAUUAAAA